GUUCGCGUUGUUUCUCGGGAACAGCGACUGCUAAAAGUACUGCUGCUGUGACGCCCAGCGAAUGGUAAAGGCCUGACUUCCCGUCAGGGUCUCCUCCCUCCUCUGCUGAGCUGUUCUCAGUUGGGGCAGCUGCCCGUUUCCUCUUCUACGUUCUCAGGCUUAUUACUUCUCAUUGCCAUAAUGGUGCUUCUGUCUGCUUAUCAUGGUGCGUUUCUAGCGUCUGUGUUGCUGGUGUUGUUGUCUGAGGCUCGUGGUGAUUGUGACCCUCCAAAACGCUUCUUCACUGCGAGGCCAAAGGGAGACCCAAAGCAAAGCUAUCCUCUUAGGACCAACUUGACUUACACUUGCAACCCAGGUUAUGAAAUUAUUCCUGGAUCGCGACUAGUUAUUGAAUGCCUUGAAAAUUCAGAAUGGUCACAGAUUCCUGAGCCUUGUCAAGGAAAACGAUGUCGUAUUCCCAAUAUACCGAAUGGCAGAAUAGUAGAAGACAGUGAACUUCGGUUUGGUGAUCGAAUAACCUUUGCCUGCUUUGAAGGACACAGACCUGUUGGGCAGAAUGGAGCUCAGUGUAUAUUGCAAGAUAACAAAGUCGUUUGGAAUAAUGAUCCUCCAUUUUGCGAACGUAUUCCUUGUCUUCCACCUCCUAAAAUUGCCAAUGGUUACUAUAAUGAACUGAGGGACUAUACAGUUGGCACAGCAGUAACAUACAGAUGUGAUAACCGUGAAUUGUCUCUGAUUGGAGAAGAGAGUCUUACAUGUAUAUCUGACCAAAACCUGAAUGGAAAGUGGAAUAGACCUGCACCCGAAUGUAAAGCGGUGAGCUGUAGGACACCUUCUGUCCCGAAUGGAAGAAUGAUAACUUCAUGGCAGUCUUCAUACAGAUAUCAGCACAGAGUACUGUUUGAAUGUGACCCAGGAUUUAAGCUAAAAGAUAACAGAGGAGAUUGUGUUUGUGGAGCUGAUAGUAGUUGGCAGCCUUCUCUUCCAGAAUGUGUCCGGGCUUUUCAUCCAACUUCUUCAGGAGGAAAUAGGAAAAAUCAAACUUCAGCAGAGUCAGCUGAACGGCCAUCUGUUGGGUCAACAGUAAAACCAAUGGAAGAAACUACUAAAACUGAAAUUGGAGAUACACAGACACCAGAAUUGACUACGGAUGGACCAGGAUCUAGCACAUAUGUUCCAGUUACUGUUGGAGCUGCUGUUGCUGUUAUAGCUGUGGUUGCUAUAGUUGUUGCUGCUCUGAAAUACAGAGCUCACCAUAAAAGACAGGGGAAAACUGUCACUGGCUCUGUCCCUGAGUCUUACACUGCUGUCCCACAUAAUACAGAUAUUUCAUUAGAAGAAAAGGCAUAGUCUAUGAGAUACUGAUUUGAUCGCAUUGAGCUUCUGAAGUAAGACUUUGCUCCAUUUAGCUUGCAGCUGAUGAAUGAUUCCCAGUAGUUCUGUUUUUCUUUUAAAUAUUGGAAAUGGAGUGAGAAAUCUGAGGAGAAAGACUUAGUGGUGUCACAAGAAUAGGGAGCCAUAUAGAUAAUGUAAGCCUUUUGGAGUAUGAAUUGGUAUUGGCCUAAAAAAAAAAUCCUGCACUUGCGCAUGUUGCUUCUACGUAGAACUGAGCUGCAUUUCUACUCUUGCAGAAUGCCAUUACAUUUUUAAUAGUUAGAUGGAGUGGGGAUUGGUCAUGUCUGUCUUAUGGACACAUUGCACUAUCCUGUGUUAAGAAUGUGAAGAUGUCAGGGUUUUGUUGGGAGUUUUGGAUGGAAGUUUGUCCUACAUUUACCUUUCUGAUGAGAUGCAACUGUGGCUGUUCAAACUCCCAUUUUCCUAUGAAAUUCCCCAGGGUUACUUAUGCAGAACCAUCCCGAAUGAUCUCAUGAUUCCCUUUGUGGCUUAAAAAAGUAAUGUGCCUAAAACAGUGUUUUUUGUUUUGUAUAUCUUAGUAAAGACAGGCGAGGUUUAACCAAAAAUUUGAGUUAGGUUCACAGGAAUUUCAUUGGGAGUGAAUUUAGCACAUUUCUCUUCCAGUGAAAUAAUUGUGUCCAAAAGUGUUGUUGUUGGCUGGUUUGAGCCAAAGUUUGUUACAUUCAGGAAAUUAUGUGUUUAUGUAAUUUUUAUACACUGAAUUGUUCAUAUAUUUGGUAAAAUGAAGGAAAA